UUGUAAACGAAAAUUAUUUCUAAAUGGUGUGCUCUUAAAAAUUGCAGUGCUAAAAAGACCUCAAAUUAUUUUCAGGUAAGAGACGAUAUUUUAUAUAUGAUGGUAAGUAACAAAGAUGAAAUUUAAUUGACUUUUACUUGGUGAAAAGAUACACAGUUAAAAUAAAGUAAGACAUUAUAUUCACAAUUUUUUUACACAAUCACAGUUUCGCUAAAAUUGUAGCUUCAUGUGGCGAAUAUGGCACAGUAUAGAAAAGGGUAAAGAUUCUGCACUUUUUCCUCCCCUUCACUGUUAGAAUAAUAUUUGUCUAUAAUAAUCUAUUAGUAGCUACUUACCAUUAUUCAUUUCAUGAAGAGACAGUGUUAAUGAAUUGUGUAAUAUUUUUUUGUUUUGUUUUAUUUUUACUAUGAGUAUCGUCUACCUGAUUCGUGUACCAAAAGUGUUAUUAAUUAUAAGUAAAAAAAGACCAAGUGCCAGAGUGCUUAGAAAAAGACAGAUCAAAAUAAGCAAAAUUUUAAGGACUACUGUACAGGUCAGGAUUAUCUUGAAUUCAAUGUAUAAAUUUACAUUGCACAUGUCUACCUUCCAAAUGGCAGUUAUUAUCUGCAGUGGGAGGGUAGCUGAUGCCAUUGAGAUUCAUGGUAAGGGGUGGGGGUGGGAGAAUUAUGGCUAUGACGAAUGAUUGAUAAAAGUUGUAUAUAGUUCAGCACUUAAAUUAUUGUAUAAUUACAUGCUUUUUUGUGUUAGUACUUAUUACAAAAAUUGAAGAGUAAAUACUAAAUAUUGAAAGAAAAAGUCGAGGAUUGGUCAACCGGGAAUUCUGCGCACAAUUAUUCCUCGCUUUCCCUAUCACUAACAAGUUAGUAAAAACGCGUAACUUUAUUGCAGCAGAGGGUUAAAAUCAAUAUUGACAUUACCCUUGUUUCUUGACAGGUGGUGUCAAGUACAGUUUUCUCUGCUUUUCACUUUCAGUUGGACCAUCGACAAAUUGCUCAAAAUUUUAAGUGAUUCAUCGUUUAAUUAUACAUUAUCACGUAAAGUAGCACUUAUUUUUAUUACCUAAAAUCACUCAAUGUUAGACAGUAAUUUUGACCAAACUUUAAAAACUUGGACUCACGAAUAAAAAAAUAGCAAAAAAUAGACAGACAAUAAUUAAAUAUGCGGCGUGAUUUGGAAAAAGUGAAAGCGGCAACAAAAUAGUGAAAAUGUGUUUAUAAUAUGGACAAUUUUAAUGAUCCGUGCACUUCUAAAGCGCUUGUCCUUGAUGGGAAUAAUUUAAAUUCGAAGAAUAGCCAUGCACAAUUAUCGUCAUCGAUUGAAGGCUUGUCAGAUUGGGAAGUUGUUAGAAAAGGGAUGAAUUUGCUUCUUAACAAUAAAAUCAACGAAGCGAGAAAAGUGUUUUUGAGCAAUCCCACUAAUAAUCUCAUUAUAUUUUCUGGACAUGCUUUUAUGACAUUCUUGGAUGCAGUAACAACGUUUGAGGAACAAAAAGUCACUGUUGCGUUCGAAACAUUGAGGGAGACAGAGCGUAGAUGCAAUGCUUUGAAUACAAAUGAAAAUGCCAAGAAAACGACUACCGGGAGUCACCUGGGAGGCAGUGAUUUUCCCACCUUUGCAAAAAUACUCGAAAGUCAAAUCAUUCUCGCCGAUUGUUUAGCGUGUGUGGCUUCGUUGAUGUUCUUACAACAGGACUUUACAGGACUCUUUAAGGGAGGAUGGCUGAUGAGGAGAUCUUGGAAAACCUAUAGUAGCACUUAUGAAAAUAUUGCGAAGCUUUAUAAGAAGGCCGUUGCCGAUUUACUGGGAUCUCAAGCGGACGUUAAAAAGGACAUCAAAAUAUCAUCAGUGGAGUCGAUAAGAAGGACGCUGUCUUCAAUAAUAUGCACUAGAGAUGAAGUGACAUUGCCUUCCCAACUGCCCCCUUUUCCAUCCGGGUACUGUCCAACCCCUCCUCCUUUAAUACCCUUAAUAAAUGAAAAAAUGUCGCAUUCCUUAUCAGACACUUUCGCUUCUCGAAAUUAUAACGUCCCGAAUGUGACAAACAAUAAGUGUCCUUACACCGAAAAUACCGAUAUAGAUAACGUUUGUAGUAGUAUUGAAAGCGUUAGUUUUGAUAGUAAUUCUAGUGAUAAAAAUUUAGAUGGCGAUACCCUAGACGAAACUGAAAAAUCUAAUGAUAAAAAGCGAUCGUUUUUAAAAAGUAAAAUUAACGGCUUGAAAAAAUCAAAAUCGCAUAAAAAGUUCAUGAAACGAUCGGUUACAAUUAACGGAAAUAUAUCGCAAUCGCAAUCGGGAUUCUUUUCUAGUAAACUGUUUUCACCCUUGUCUAUAUUUGCAUCCAAUUUGUCCUACAUUACUUCUGCAUUUGGAAUGGAAUCUUCCAGUGAUAAUCAUAACGAAGUGGUCGAACUUAAAACGAUAUAUCGUUUAUUGUGUGCGGUGUCUUUUGGAUAUGGUUUUUUUCAUUUGGCCACAUCAUUGUUACCACCCUCAGUUCAGAGAGUUACUAGUAUUUUUGGAAUUACCGGCGACAGGAAAAAGGGUUUGGAAAUCCUUAUGUUUUCGCGUUUGGGUGAGGACAUGAGGUCGCCGUUGGCUACGUUGGCCCUAUUGUGGUAUUUUACAAUUGUUAAGCCUUAUUUUGCUCUGAACGUGGACGAUUCGAAAACUGGUACACAAACCGCAUCACAGCUAAUAGCAGAAUCGGAGAACGAAUUUGGAGAGUCUGCAGUUUUUCUUUAUUACAAAGGGAAAAUUCAGAUAUUAAAGUCAGAAACGCAGGCGGCUGUACAAACGUUUUGUCGUUGCACUCAAAACGCUGCCCAAGAAGAGAUUCGUAUGUUGGCGUUUCACGAACUAGCAUGGACUCACAUGACUGGUCUGGAAUUUGCCGAGGCCCAGAGCAUUUUUCAUUUUUUACACUUAAAAAGUCGUUGGGCGAUGUUAUUUUACCUUUAUCUCGAAACAAUCAAUAAUGGAGCAAGCGGAACCACUAUUACAGAAUCGGAUCUGUUACAUUUCCGUUCAAUUUUUGAAAAUCCACCCAGCGAAAACCAGAUGGAAACGCUACUAAUUCGUAGGUUCAAGAAAAUGCCCAAGAGGCUAACUGACAUUGGUUACAAAACCUCUGUAUAUUGGAAGUCCUUGGUUUACGAACUUUUGUAUUUAUGGAAUAGUUUACCUAAUUGUACUGCCGAAGUUUUGGAACAAAUUAUUAAGGAUUGUGAGCUGCUUGACGAUGAUCCAGUUAAUAAGUCCAUGGUUGGUCUUGAUAAACUUGUGUCUGGAUUUUGCUACACAAUUAAAUGUAAUGAGGAAGAAGCAGUAGGAAAAUUUCGAGAAGGACUGAAUGAAAGAAAGGAUUUUCCUAACACUGCGGAUGACGCGCAUAUUUCAGCUUUCUUGAAUUACGAACUUGGUAUUCUAUUAGUAAAAAAAACAGAGGUAAUCAACCUACAUUCUCUAUCAUAAAAA